CUGGCUGAUCAAGCUGACACGGGAAGGAGCUAUCAUUGCAUAUGGGCUCGCCGGCAUUCCAGUCCUCACUCAGCUUCAGCCAGCAGCGCACUCGGUGCAAGAGCCAGGCAAGACGGUGGUAGGCACCCUCUUGCGAUGACCCAGGAAUCAAAUCGACUUCUCGUCACGCCGAGACCCUCUCUACAGCCACGAAGCAGGACCACUGGCACUCCGCCGUGGAAACAUCCGCUCAGCCCUGAAUUGGAGCCUUCUAGAAUGAUGAAUCGAGGCCUUGUCGUGCGGAGCUUGUUCAGAUGACCCACGUUGGACCCGCAGACUCUUGGCCAAGGGCAGCAAGGAUGACUGCACUGAGCUGCACUAUCCCAUGCGCUCAGAGGCCUCUCUUUCUCUCGUGCAUGCUACCAUUUUCCAUGGCAUCCUCGAAAACUAUUUUCUUGUGCUGCCAGGCUGUCCAGGUGGUUCUGUAUCGCUCAAAAUAAUGUUGUCCCUUCCCACGCAAUCUUGACCGAGCAAUGGCAAAUAAGGAGCUCGCACGCGCGACUGCCCGCGAGCGUGCGUACCAGACUAUCAAUGUCUGGGCCCGGCCGACCCUCGUGCACCAUUAGAACCUUUCGUCUACAUGCCCUGGGCGGCCAAUCGGUAUCUGUCAUUCCUGAUCUUGGUCUCUCACUCGGCGAGCUCCGUUCACGAGCGUCAUGGAGUCAUCGACAGAUCUCGAGACCUCAUCAGUCGACCGGGAGCUAACUACAGUGCCCCAACUCCUUUUGUAUUCCAUCAAGAUGGUCAAAUUCUUGGAUAGCGUCACAUCUGGUCUGCCGAUCUACCCUUGGGAAUAUCGUCAACCUCUUGAAGCACCAUGAUCUUCGGGGUCGUCGGCAAGACAGGGAUGAACGUGGCAGCUUCCUUGAGCAAACAUGUACAGCCUUCAAAAUCAUGGUUCUCUCUACGAUUUCUCAUUCACAACAACGUCGACCCUAUUUCAUCGUUCAAACCUUGAUAUUAUCCUCCGAUGCCUAGCUCCGUGCGGCUACAGCGGCUCUAGCACGGCCCCUGCACUGGAUGGACAGCUACAAUCAAUCGACACGGCGUGUCACAAAUGUCACACCGUGUUAUCGCGCCAAUUCGUACACAUCACACUUCAUAGAUUGCGGCUGCCCCAUUCCCCCAAUCGCUACCGAGUCAUCCCGUCCACAUUUCCACCAUCAUCCAACUCUACGGAUUGGUCACCUCGUCUGGUUGUCAGAACUGGCGGACUUUUCUCCUCGGACCACUACCAAACGAUAUCCUUAAAAGUACUGUAGCAAUGUCACUUUGAACAGGACGUUCUGCUUUUUUUCAGAGGCUCUCUGUGAUCAACUACAAAUGUGGAGGCGUGUUUUCU